AUGGAAGAUCCACCAGCUCGUAAUGCCGCAUGGCGUUAUGGUAAACUACGCUUGCAUAUGAUUAUUUACAAAUUUCUUAUGUGCUUAGGUUUUGAUGUUCCUGCUAAUUAUGAUGAUGUUGGAUUGAAUUGUGGUGGAUUGGGCGUUCAAAAAUCAAAUGGAGGUAGAUGUGGUGUUUGUGGUGAUUCAUAUAGUGGACCACGAUACCAUGAAAUGGGUGGUAAAUAUGCAACAAAUAUAAUUGUUCGACAUUAUUUAUCAGAUGUAUUAAUUGAUGUUAAAAUUUUGUUAUCAGCAAAUCACAAAGGUUUUAUGGAAUUUCGUUUAUGUGCAGCAUUAGAUCCAAAUAUAGAAGUAACACAAGAAUGUUUAGAUCAAAAUAUACUUUAUAUAGAAGGAUUUGGUAAACAAUAUACUGUUAAUGAAGGCAUGGAUUUAAUUUUUUUACGUGUUCAAUUACCUCACGGUUUAUCUUGUUCGCGAUGUGUAUUACAAUGGCGUUAUCAUGCUGGUAAUAAUUGGGGUAAAAAUAUUGAAACAGGUGAAACAUGUCUCGGUUGUGGUCAACAAGAAGAAUUUUAUAAUUGUGCGGAUAUAAGCAUCACGUCAAUAAAUAAUAAUUUGUUAUUAUCACAUUCAACAACAAUUGCACCACAUUCGUUUUUGUUAUUUCCAUUUCUAAAUCCAGUAGUUUUUUCUCCACCAACACCUUUUAUUAUUUAUACAAAACCAACUGAAUCGACUACAAUACCAACAACGACAUCAAUGAGUUAUAUCUUUCCAUUUCAUCCAUCAAAAGAAUUAAUUGAACAAUUAGAUAAAAAUAAUAAAUCUCUUCGUUGUUAUGCAACAAACGAAGCACUUAAACCAUUAAUUGGUAUCGAAAAUUGGUGUUUGCAAUUAUGUGCUAUAAAUUGUCCACCUACAUUAUGCAUAUGUGUCAAAAUUUAA